AAAAAACAUCCCAUCAAAAAUAAUAAUUCUUACUUUUUCUUCUAGAAAGCGAUUUCUAGGGUUUUCGAUCGUUUCUGUGCCACUAGUUCAAACCCUUCGAACUCAACAUGAGAAGAGGAGAAAACUCAUAUUCUAUCCCCAUUGAUCUCAUCACAGAGAUACUCUCGAAAUUGCCAGCCAAAUCAAUAGCUAGGUUUUCUUGCGUUUCAAAGCCAUGGAGUUCUAUGCUUGCCAGUCCAUACUUCAAAGAGUUGUUCUUCACCAGGUCCCUGGCUCGGCCGCGUAUCUUAUUCUCCGUUAAACGAGAUGGUAACGAUUUGUGUUUUUUCUCGUCGUCACAGCCUAGUAAUCCAUAUGAGAAGUCGUCAUCUCUUGUAGUUACCGCCGACUCUCACAUGAAGUUACCUAAAGACAGGCUUACAAGUUAUUGUAGACAUGCCUUGGGUUUGGUCUAUUUCUGUGGACCUAAGGAGAUUGUGAUAUGUAACCCUAGCACGGGACAGUUGGCUCUUUUACCCAAAGUAGGGAUGCUGAGUGUGAGAAACUAUUUAGGGUUUGAUCCGGUUGACAAACAGUUUAAGGUAUUGUCCAUAAACUUUGACAAGCCGGAUCGAGUUUUGACACUAGGAGGGACUGGAGGCAAUUCGUGGAGGGAGCUCUAUUGUCCCUUAAAACAUUUUUCUACGCGUGGUUUGCAUGAAGAGAUAUGCAUCAAUGGGGUUUUGUAUUUCUUUGCUACACAAAACAAUGGACUUUCUCAUCUGAUUGUUUGCUUUCAUGUUAGGUCUGAGGAAUUCAAGUUUAUCUACAAAGAUUUCUUGGAACGAGAGAAAAGAACGUACACUGAUUUUAUUAGUCACCGGGGUAAUACUAAACUGAUAAACUAUAAGGGUAAACUAGGCGUGAUUACUCUGGAGUAUGAUUAUAACCUUUUGGAUCUGGAUCGUCAUGACCCCAAGGGUAAAAAGUGUUCCCUCAAGUUGUGUAUGUCAGUUAUAAAGGAUGUUGAAAACCCAAACUCGGAAUGGUCGGAACAUGUCUACACUUUUUGGAAGACGAAUCAGUUCUUUGAAUGCAGUGAUGUUACCACUUUAUGGAAGGACGAAGUCGUUGGUGGGGAUGUUUCUGUCGUUGGAGUGACUGCCGCAGGUGACAUUGUUUUGCGUAUGAAGAAUGUAUCUAAGCCGCUUUAUGUUUUCUACCUCAAUAUCGAAAGGAACACUCUCCAACGAGUUGAAUUCCGAACUGCUAACCAUGAAGCUUUUGAAAAAUGUAGUAGCAAAGUUAUACUCUCUGUGGACCAUGUAGAGGAUCUUCACUUUAUUUAAUAUAUUGAGCCGACAUAUGCUGCAUCAAUAUAUAAGUCGAUAACGUAAAGCCACCACAGCACUACAUCAAACAUCAUCUUAGGCACACAUGCAACACAUGUUUGAGGGCAUUAACAAAAGUUUUACAUGAUUGCUUCUCUUGCUUCUUAAGUUAGUUUUUUUUUGGUUUGACAUCGCUUCUUAAGUUAGAUAAAAGCUCUAUUUACAUAAAAGUUGUAUUAUGUUGGUAAACAAUCAACUUGGCAAAUAAAUUCU